AAUAUUUAACGAUUUGAUUUUGUUUCUUUAGGUCUUCGCUACAGUUGCUGGACCAAGAGUACCACGGCCAGCUGUGGAUGCGACUAGACCAAUGGCGUGGGCACGCAAGAGGAUGGAGUGCCAGCAAUAAAAAAUUCCAGUGAACUGAUCUGAACUGAGUUGGACAUUUGGAUGCUAUUACAUUUCCUUGUGUGCUCUUUACACACUUCACAAUGAGUUCAAGAGCCAGUACACCUAAACGAUGGCUGUGGGUCACUUUCUUCUUCUUCACCUGCAUUGUAGCGAAGGUGAAUUGUGAAAAAGAAUACAACAUUUCUGAUCUCUAUGGACCAAUCAAAUGUCGGGAGGGACUUAUUUUGCCUGUGUGGUGCCCGCAGGAAAACCUUAGCAGGGGGGACAUUGUUGCACGUGGAAUAGUUUAUUUCGUCGCUCUAGCCUACUUAUUUGUUGGAGUCUCUAUAGUUGCCGAUCGAUUUAUGGCAUCAAUCGAAGUUAUUACAUCGAAAGAAAAAGAAGUUGUUAUCAAAAAACCAAAUGGGGAAACUCAAAACAUUAGUGUAAGGAUAUGGAAUGAAACUGUUUCUAAUCUGACACUCAUGGCAUUAGGAUCCUCUGCUCCUGAAAUUCUGCUAUCAAUUAUUGAGGUAUAUGCCCAAGAUUUCGAAGCUGGAGAGCUCGGUCCUGGUACAAUCGUAGGCAGUGCCGCUUUUAACAUGUUUGUCAUUAUUGGAAUUUGUGUCUGGUCUGUACCAACUACAGAAAACAGAAAAAUCAAGCAUCUCAGAGUGUUUUUCGUUACCAUGACUUGGAGUGUCUUCGCGUACAUUUGGUUGUAUCUCAUCUUGACUCUCUUUUCUCCAGGUGUCAUUGACGUUUGGGAAGGUCUAGUUACAUUUAUGUUUUUCCCGGCUACGGUUUUAACAGCAUAUAUAGCGGAUCGGCAGUUCUUGAUUUAUAAAUACAUGACAAAAAAGUACCAUAUGAAUAAAAGGAACGUAAUAGUCGGAGGUGAAGGUGGAGAGGAUUUGGAAAUGGGCAUGACAAAGACAAAUCAUUUACCGGAUGGAAAUGUAAAAAACUACGAAGAAGAACAAAGUGAUGAUAUCCGAGAAUUUGAAGAACAUCGCAUGCAGUACAUUCAGAUAUUGCGUGAGUUGCGUCGAAAACAUCCUGAUGCUACUAUGGAAGAUAUUGAAAUGAUGGCAAGAGAGGAAAUUUUAGACCGAGGUCCCAAAAGUCGAGCUUAUUAUCGAAUACAGGCAACUCGAAAACUUAUGGGAGGAGCGAAUCUCAUGAAGAGGAAGCUAGAAAAGAUCGAAAAAAAAGAUGAUGAUGAAGCGAAAGAAGAAAGGCCUAAAGUUGUAAGCUUGUUCUUUGACCCCGGUCAUUACACUGUCAUGGAAAACGUGGGAGAAUUUGCUGUCACUGUCUGCCGCGACGGUAAUCUUUCAGAAGCGGUGGCCGUUGAUUAUCGAACAGAAGAUGGUACUGCCAAUGCCGGAUCGGAUUACGAAGAGGCUGAGGGUACUCUUAUCUUUGGUCCAGGAGAAACUCAGAAGCAGUUCUUCAUAACUGUCAUUGACGACGAUGUGUUUGAAGAAGACGAACAUUUCUACGUAAGGCUUUUAAAUCCGCGAUAUACAAUCGAUAAAAUGGAGUCGCGGAUGCCAGUUGAAUUGGCCACUCCAUUUUUGGCUACAGUUAUGAUUUUGGACGAUGACCAUGCAGGAAUUUUCCUCUUCCCUGAAACUGAAGUGGAAGUAAGUGAAUCUGUAGGUGAAUAUGCACUGAAAGUCAACAGAUUCAGUGGAGCAAGAGGGCGAGUUAUUCUACCUUUCCGCACUGUAGAAGGGACAGCAAAGCCAGGUGUGGAGUACGAGCAUAUGGAGGGCGAACUAAUUUUCGAAAACAACGAGACAUCGAAAGAAAUUCCACUACAUAUCAUUGACAAUGAAAGUUAUGAAGCUGAUGCAACUUUCUACGUUGAACUUGGAGAUCCUAAGCUUGAAGAAGACGUUGGUCUAGCUGAAAACCAAGACGUUGACUUAGCUGAAACCCAAGAUUACUUACGUGAGCAAAGUGGCCAAGAUCUCAAUGAAAACCAGGAAAAUUUAUCCGAAGACGAAAAAAUUGCUUUACUGGGUAAACCUAGGCUUGGAGAGCACUAUAAAGUCCAAAUCAGGAUCAAAGAGAGCAGAGAAUUCAAAAAUACAGUAGACAAGUUGUUUCAAAAAGCAAAUGUGUCCUUAUCGAUUGGUACAUCAUCAUGGAAAGAGCAGUUCCUUGAAGCUAUUACAGUGAGUGCAGGUGAUGACGACGAUGAAGAAGAAGGUGAGGAAGAAGGAGAGGAAGGAGAAGAAAAAGAACCUAAGCUACCCACUUGCUCUGAUUAUGUCAUGCAUUUUAUCACACUAUUUUGGAAGCUUCUUUUCGCCCUCAUUCCACCUGCUGAUAUGCUGGACGGAUGGUUGUGCUUCGUUGUAUCAAUCUUCGGCAUCGGUAUUCUGACUGCUGUCAUUGGAGAUCUUGCUUCUCACUUCGGUUGCACAGUUGGCCUAAAAGACACUGUCACUGCUGUUGCUUUAGUAGCUCUAGGAACAAGUAUUCCAGAUACAUUCGCAAGUAAAGUAGCAGCAAUUCAAGAUAAAUAUGCAGACUCGUCGAUCGGUAACGUGACAGGCAGUAAUGCCGUCAAUGUGUUCCUCGGCAUCGGCAUCGCUUGGUCAAUCACUGCCAUCGUCCACUACGCACGUGGAACGCAAUUUAAAGUGGAACCAGGAAGCCUCGCCUUUUCCGUGACCAUGUUCUGCGCCUGCGCAUUCAUCUCGUGCGUUGUUCUCUUACUAAGGCGCAGUAAAAGAGUAGGAGGAGAACUUGGAGGGCCCCUCAGAUUCAAGCUUCCAACUACUAUACUCUUUGUCUCGCUCUGGCUGUUUUACGUUAUCAUGUCCAGCUUGGAAGCCUACGGGUAUAUUGAAGGCUUCUAAACAGUUACAAAUGCUACUACCUUCUCCAUUGGCAGCUGUGUUAUGUUUAACCACAGGCUUGUGUUACACGUCAGUAUAACACUCAGUUCCUUCUUUAGAGCUGGCAGAGAUCUGAUGUAAUUCUAUCUAAGACCUGCUGACGGAAUAGUUCGUUAGGUUUCCGAACUGCUAUGGUUCCUCAGGUUAUAAAUAACAUGGUUAUAUGGUUUAUUUUGCCAGUUCUGUCCUGUGCCAAUACCUUAAGAAAACAAAUGACGCUCAGCACAAAAAUCUUUAGCUGAUAAGUGUAUUUUUAAAUCAUUAUCCUAUGGUGUAUACUAAUAUAUUUCAUUUCGAAUAUAUUUUUAGUUUCAUUGUGUAAAGCACCACGUACCGAAAAGUAUUCUCUGCAAUUACAUUUGUUUGUCACAAGAAGAAUUUUCAUGUUUUCAUAGGUAUUUGAGCACUGACUCAUGAGUUACAUUCGUCAAGUACCUCAUGCUCCUUUCUUUUUUCUUAAAUAUCAGAAAGAAAGAAAAAGAAGAGGUAAUGAGAAAAUCAUGAACUCUUAACUAGGAACGUAAAUGUGUUACGAAACAAUAUCAGAACUCAUGUGAUACAUGUUAAAUGUAACGAAAGGAAAAUGUUUGAUUGAAUUUUGAUUGAAAGAAAGCUAUAUAUGGUAGCAUGAUUAUAUUUUUAAUCAAAUGGCACUUACUUAAGAGCUAGACAUCGUGAUUAUUUCACGUUGUAAAGAUUUUUAGGUUCUUCUAUUUCGGCUAAAAUUCUUGGAAAUGUUAGUAUGGAUUGUGAAAUUGCUCCCUGUACACAUAAUUAAUUCUAUAUAAAUUUUAUUGUAUUUAUAUAUAAUUUAAUGCUAUCCAGUUCUCCUUAACCUGCGUAUGAGCAUGAAAGAUCCUAACAUUUUAAUAUUUAAGCGUAUAUCUAUAUCAUUAUAUGGAUAAGUUUCUUAAUUUCUGCUGUAGAACAGCUAGCCGAGUAGUAGAUAAAGAGUUUUCACUGUAUAAAUCAUGUUCUACUGCAUGCGAUCGACACGUUCCAUGUCAUGUUAAAAUACCAAAGUCAUAAACACUCUUUUUUUCAUUUACACAUUUACUUUGUGGUUAUUCUUCAGAUUAACUGCAUCUUUCAAAACUAAACUUUACUGUUUAACUUUAUGACAAGCUUUCAAUAUGCAGCAUCAGAUGAUCAACUUGAUUUAUAACUCAGAAAAUGUUAUUUUCUUUAUAAUAUUUUAACAAGUGAAAAACAAAGUCUUAAUACGAAGCUUAUAUAACGAGUCAAAUUUUUCAGAAGUAUCUAUUUGUCACUAUAAUAUAUUAGCAAUGAUUUAUAAAACAUUUGAUAAGAGAAUAUUUUGCACAGAUAAACAUAUAUAUUGCUAACUGCUUAUAUUUAUACUAAUAUAAACCUUAGUCUGAUUUCUUUACUGCAUAGUUUUAAACUGUGAGACUCAAACUGGAUUAUAUUAGUGUUGCAGUAAAGUUAGCAAUUAUAUAAAUACAGGGACACAUGCAUAAUAUCGCGUAUGAAUGUAUAUAUAUACACACAUUGUAUAUAUAUGUAAUCAUACACAUAUAUGCGGUACAUAUGAAUGUACAUAAAGAGUUUUAAAAUUUUCUUAUUAGUCAGCUUAAAAUUCAAGAUAAACUUAUUUAUUUUUUGAUUAUUUAAUUUGAUAUAAAUGUAUAUGUUUGUGUAAAUGAAAUUUGUUAGUGAUUGCAAAACCAUUUCUAACCACGUAAAAUUUAUAUAACUAAAGGACUCAAUUUACUCUAGCCACUUAAAAUUUAUAUACAAAAACAUUAAACUAAUUUAUUUCGUUUUUGAGAAACAGUUCAAAUACUUUACACUUUCUGCAGAUAUAUUUACAAUUAUACAUGUAUGAAGCGAUAUUUUCUUAAUUUCUCUCAAAUUUCAAAAAUAAUAUAAUGAAAGAAUCAUUCAUAUAAUGUAGAGGCUGCAUUAAUAUUUUGUUCACUUAUUAAAUUCAGCAGUUAACAUUUCCAUCAUUUUUUUAUAGAGGAAAUGAUGCUCCGAUGCUUAAUAGGUGUUUCCUGUUUAUUGCGAUAUGUAGUUGUAGAUCGACCCUCUUUGGUAGCUUUGAAAAAAUUAUUUUUUUACAAAAUUGCCAAUCCAUAUCUGCUCUAGGUCUAUUAAUGGCCCCUGAAUUUGCUAAAAAUAUUUUUGUUAUUUAGUAUGAAGUCUAUUUUGUGGCAUCCUCUGUAACAGUGCAGUGAUUUAUAAUGCUUGGGCAAAAAUAACGUACAUUCUAUGUUGGCCAUGAAUAUUUUGUCCUAGCACUUGUUAUUAGCGCACAAAAUAUGAUAGUCUAAUAGCUAAUCACUGCACAGUGUCCAAAUAAAUUGUCCUUCUGAAUCACUGCAUGAAGUAGUAUUCUAUCCCCUGCAAACGAUUUUCUUUAAAAAUUGGAAAAGUUCCGAUGAGCUAAGUAUAAGUGUAUGACACUCUUAUUUUUAAAUUGAUAUUUUAUUCGUAAUAAAUGGCGCCAAAUUUUAUUCACUGUCUUUAUUUUCUUUUUUAAGAACUUAACAAAUUUUCAAUCUUUUAUUCGUUUUACUGUUGAACAUCUGCUUUGAAGAAAAAAAUAUUGUACUUUACAAAGAAACAUUUCUCUUUUGGCAGUAAAAAUUCUAAGUAUACUAUAGCUGUUACUUCUGAAUAUUAUUUUGCGAAAAGUAUCUUAAAUGAAGCAAAAUUUUUCUUAAUAUUUUUGUAUAUAUGUCAUAUGUGUUGAUUUAAAACAUAAUUAGAAGUUCAUCAGCGUCUCUCAGAUUUACCACAUGUCUUGUGAAAUCCGUGUCUCUCAAUAUUAAAAUAUUAAAAAUAUGAUACAUUUUUUGUCAGGUAAAAUAAUGUGUAUGUGAUUAUUUCAUAAGUAUGUUCAGUUUUCGAAAAUAUUUUUCGUACAUUUGGAAAGGAUACAGCUUUGUAUAAUAAGGAAUGUUGAAAGCUGGGAAAUAACGUUUGGGAUCUAAUGAAUUACUACUAUAACUUAGACCUCAUUAUUAUGUUAAAAUAUGCAUACCAAUGUAAAGUCAUUUGUGCUAAAAUUCUUUGUUACGGUAGUCGUACUUUAUAUCAUGAUGUAUGUUGAAUUUGUCUAUUUAGUAAAAAGGUUUGUUACGCCA